AUGAAGUUUGCACUAUUCGUGUUCUGUGAAGACAACAGCUGUGCUGUUGGUGAAAGUAGCUGGAUAAUUGAUCAAGACGAGUCUUGCUUCAACACCAAAGAUUGGAAUACAGACAAGGAAAUAUUGGUGCGCUGGCCGAAGGCCGCGAAAGGCUACUCGAAAUGGUCCAACAGAAGCGGAAAAUAUCCACUUGAUUCAGAAUGCGAAACUAAAACUUACGCUGCCAGAGUUUUGAAAUUCAGUGGUAAGUUAUAUAAUUGAUAUUACGUUUGUUUGUAUUUUAAAUGUGACUGUCAGACGAUGUGUUAUAUAUUGAUUAUAUGAAGUACUGGAUAUAGACGCAUGCGCAAGGGAGUCUCGAGAGAGAGUUGAGAGGGCGAGGAGUUCUUUUUAGAAAUAGUCGUUAUUACACAUAUUUGUAGAUUAAAGGUUAUUUUGGGCAUUCAAUCCUUACUCGGCUACACGAGAAAUACAUUACACGAUGUCUUGUGAUCACUUAUUAAUUUAUAAUGUUUAAAAGUUAAGCAAUUUUCAUACAAAUUAAUAUUUGGUUAAUGACUUCAAAUUAGAUCAAGGUUAAUAGGAUGUUUCUUUAGAAAAUUCUGUGUAUAUUUCUGGAAACAAAUGUCUUUACAGUACUAGAACAGGCAGUAAGAAAGUGAUGAAAUUAAUACUGUAGUGAAACGUAUUUGACAUCAGCAUGCCACACCAUGUGCUUGGCGGUUGGCACAAUUUUCCAUCCACCAAACUGACCUGACGUCAUUUUCGGAAGAGGUGCUAUAUGGCUAUGUACUCAUAUGUAACUAACCCAAACCCUACUCUAACCCCUAACUGUUAAAUCUUAACCCAAUUAAUAACAAAAAUCCAAAAAGAAACAAAUUUAGAAAAUUGCUAGGAUGGUUUGCUGGAUGGAAAAUAGUGCUAACCCAAUAAAAACUCUAAAGGGAAUUUGUAUGCAUCAUAAAUAAAAAAGCUAAACUAAAGGGUUGCUUACAUGGAAGCUUUCGGUUGUUAAAAAUCAUGCAAGUCUAUAAAACUAAUAAAAGGUAAAGAAGACUUCUAGAAAUUUUGAGCAAGGUGCUUUAUCAUGGAGAAUUUAGUAGACACUAGACAAUAAUGUAUAGUGUGUUGUUGUCAUUGCUCGUGUACAGGCAUUCAACCUUAAAAUUGGCUUUACACCUGUGUGCGGGUUAAGUCUUAAUUUUGCCUUGGCCCUUGGUUAACUCUAUUUGAUUGGUUUAUUUUAGCCUGCGUAGCGGCUUCUACUUUCCCUGAGAGCCGCUGCGCAGGCUAGGUUUAUUUAUUUUCAGAUGACUGCCUUUGUAGCUUCACUAUAAAAUCAGCUUGUUUAUUUGUAUUUUUCUGCUAAUAUUCCACGAAAAAGUGUCUUCACUCGAAAUGUUGAAAAGUUUAUUUAUUGGCUUGCAUCAUCUUCAACAAUUAAAAGAUCUAUAUCUGUACUGCAGUUGUUGAGAGUGUUUAUAUUUAAGAAAUUCAAAUGGAAGCCAGGCUAGUUUGCUUGGCAAGAUAGCUGACAUAGCAGGCUCUUGUCAUUUAGUACAAUUGAUAGGGCAUAAAGAAAAUACCCGUGGUUCCGGUUCCAGACCGACCCUAUUUUUUUCUGCCGACCCUAUUAUUUUUUCAACACGAUUGACUGUGCGACCCUAUUUUCUCCAGGUGGUUGCAGGCUGCUCAUACAGCGUGCCAAAAUAGCAUCUGUUGUCACACUAAUUAUUGAACCAAAUUGCCUAAAUUCGUCCAUAGGAAAUACGCAUCUUAGUUAAUAUUGAUGUUGGGACCGCCAAAACCAUGAAAAAAAUAUCCCAAAAAAAUUAUUUCCGACCUACCGACCCUAAUUUUUUCACGAUAUAAAACUGGAACCACAGGUAUUUUUUUACGCCUAGUAUCGAUUUUAAAAAAUAUAUGUUUAUAUUCAAAAUCGAAAAUUUGAAACACUAUAAGUCCUCCCUCCUACAUUAUGUAAGCCCAGGACUAAAAUUUAGUUCUUUUAAUGCAAUCUAAAACUAUUUAUAGACAAAUAUGAAUCAAUUCGUGGAUUGAUGAUAACAUUUAUGGAAACUGGAAGUACCACAACACCGUCAAGAGGUAGAGGAAAGAGGACAAGCAAAAAGAAUGAACGUUAUCAUAGUGAUGUUGAGGAUGAAGAACAACAAGUGAUUGCCCAGGUAUGUUUCAAUGACUUUUCCAAACUUUAAGUUUAAACUUGAGAGUGUUCAGCAAUUAUUGAAUGAGGCUGAAUAGGAUAUCGAUGAUUAUUCAUUGCAAUAUAAUUAUAACCCUGGCCGCCAUCUUCCUAGCCAGUCGAUUACAUUUUCUGGCCAAUAAACGCGCUGUAUUGGCUGGCCGCCAUCUUCCUGGCCAGUCAAUUGCAUAUUUUUGCAUAGAAAAAUGGUGACACGUUGCACCGCUGAGUGGCCCUUCUGAUACUGAUCUUUAUUCUGUGGCUCAGGCUGAUAACAUUAACCAUUAGGUCUGAUCCGUCUGAAUAAUCAUCGAUAUCGAUACUGUUUAGCCAAAUGCUAAAAAUUUGGAAAUUUUAUAUAUUUGUAAUUUGUAUGAAAUAAUGCUGUAAUCUUUCAGGCUCCAUCAACUAUUUAUCAAUAUAUGUGUGUGCCCCCACUAUUUUCCAGCAGAAACACUCUCUGCUGAAAAAUGCCACAGGCACAGAGACACCUAUGUACAGAUAUCGAUAAAUGUGUGGGCUUUUAGCCAAUAAGAAAGCAGGAAAAGAGUAUAAUGAAUAAUCAUGCUAAUUGUAGUUGUAUUAUAUAAUCUUAUUUGCAUUUUUAUUGUAUGUUGUCUAAUAGCCUUCUAAGAAAAUCAAGACAAAGACACCAUCAAAUUCCUCAGUUUCAGAAUCAUAUAUUCAGCAGUUGAAGGAUAAAAUUGCAAAAGAAAAACUGUCAUAUCCACAAGUAUGUAUGAACAUGAUGACUAAUUUCAGUAAUUACAGAUAAAACAAGUAACAUUUCAUUAUUUGAUUACAAAGUUUUGGCUGCAGGAAAGAACAAAAAUUUCAGACUUUCAAUAAUCAGGGACAAACAUAUACUACCAAAAGUGUGACCAAGACUAAUUAUUGUUCUUAUUAAACAUUCAAAAUUUGUUUUUAUUAAGGUUUACUUUUCUGGAAGCUCUGAUGAGGAGUCUGAAGAAGAUUCUGAAGAUGUCAGAAAAAUGAAGAGACAGCUUCUGGAAAAAGACAAUGAAAUCAAAGCAUUAAAAAAGGAAAUUAGAGAUUUGAGAGGUAUAAUGUUAGUGAACAUGGCCAUGACAUUGAGAUAAAUUAAGAUCUGCAUCAUCCUAAUUGCUUCCUCUCUCAUACAGAUGUGCAAAACUUGCAAGAUGUUGUCCUGGAAUUAAAGGAUUCUGUUCGACAUCUAAAUAAGUUGGCCCGAUGUGAUGGAAGCACAAAACUAGUGUCUACACCAAAAAACAAAAGCUUUGAGGGCAAGAAAUCAGAGAGAUGUCCUUUGUCACCCAUUGACAACAUAGUCAACUCUGACACAUCAACAGCAUCAAAUUCAAGCUCUGUCAGUGACCCAGAAAAGGUGAGUUAUAUGUAAUCCAUUACUCGAGGUAUGGAUUUCUGCAGUCAACUAGAAUGUCAUUGAAGAGUGUGACUGAUAAGUUUAGGAAAUACAUUGUAAUGCAAAUUCCCAUCAAGAGACUGAGAUCUUGAGACUCAAUAUUUGAGUACAACAAGACAAAACAUUGAUACAAUGAUAUUUAGAAUUUAUUUCAGUUGGAAAUGAAUUUGAAGUAUCAAAUUCUUGUCUUGUUUUUACUUAAAUAUUGAGUCUCAAGAUGUUGUACUUGUACUAUGAUAUUGGCAGGCAAUGUCAAUGAGUGAAAAAAACUUUAAAAGGGCAUACCAGGCAUCAUUGGAAUGUGCGAGCACUGCUCACAGGCACCUUGCUGACAUUUUAACAAUAUUUAGGUCACAAAAUCUAAAUAAGAUGUGUCUUUGCAGGCACAUUUUGAAUUUCGCUCGCAGGCACAAAAAAAUGUUAAUGAGGCCUGCAACAUACAGUAGUGACAGAUACUGUAGCCUUGCUAACUGAGGGAGUUUAAGCUACAGUAUGGCUGCCAUUGAGAUUUUUUACUUAUUUUUUAUAUACUGUAAUAGUUAUAAUUCAGAACUGUAUUCUUGAUUUUUUUAAGGUUGUAAUGCUAUGCCCUGGUGUUCAAAUCUCAAGAAACCAGAAGAAAAUUUUACAGGAAAAGCAUACAGCGAAGGACUUCGUAUAUGCAUUGAUGCCAAUGCUCUGGUCAAGAGAAAUAUUACGUACUCAUUCGGUUACUGGUCGCCAAUCAAAUGCUCACAAAGAAAGAGAUGCAAAGCCACAACUGGAUGUUGCAAAAAUUGAAAGUAUAUGUAGUAAGUAAUUGAAAAUAACUCUAUGUUACUAUGCUCACUUAGAAAGUGAACAUUGAAAAUACUUGAAAGUUAAAGUCUAGUUCAAUUAGACCAAAUUAAAUUGUGUUUGGAUUCUUACAGUCGUGCCAAUAGAAGCGUUCCGAAAAAUGUUGAUCAAUUCAUUUCCUAACUUCGAGGAGUUCCUCUGAAAAAUUCCUCAACAAUUUGAUAAGUUCGUUAAAAAGUUCCUAACUUCCUGUUUCAUUGACCAAUCAGAUUGCUCAAAAAUAAAAUAUAAAAUCUGAUUGGUCAAUGAAACAGGAAGUUAGGAACUUUUUAACGAACUUAUCAAAUUGUUGAGGAAUUGUUGAGAGGAACUCCUCGAAGUUAGGAAGUGAAUUGAUCAACAUUUUUCGGAACGCUUCUAUUUGCACGACUGUAUAUUGCCUCGCAAUUAUAAAAUUAAUUCUUCUUGAACCAUGUUAUUUCCUAUAUUGAUUAUAGCCUCGCAAUGAAGUAUGUUAACUGGUAUUUGUCUAACAUGUUGUCUUUCACUGUUUUCAGGUUAUGCAUCACAAAAGUUUGAUUGCAUGGAGAAGUCAAUCAGACAACAUAUGUCAACAAAGAUGAGCAAUGUUGUAAAGUGCUGCAAACUUCAAAAACUGUAG